UCUAACAAUAUAUGUACAAUUCCAUACAACAUUGUGCUUCCUUCGGACUUCAUCUUAUUACUCUAUAUAUAUCUUGUCCAUGUAUAAUUUUUACUUUAUCCCAGCGCUUUCUUUUACACACAUUUGUUUUCUUUAUAGUUAUAUUGUACAAUUCAUUAUACUCUUAUAAAUAACGUACAAAUAUGUUUUAUAUCAUUGGUUUGGGAUUAGGAAAUGCUAAAGAUGUGACAGUAAAGGGCUUAGAAAUCAUAAAAAGAAGCAAAAGUGUGUAUUUGGAAUCAUAUACAUCAAUUCUACCAGUUGGAAAAGAAGAACUUGAAGAACUCUACGGACGUAGUAUUAUUGUGGCAGACAGAGAAAUAGUUGAAGGCUCUACCGAUGAGAUUUUAGAAAAUGCUAGGAAUGAUGAUAUUGCAAUUUUAAUUGUUGGCGAUCCUUUUACUGCUACAACUCACAUCGACCUUGCACUCAGAGCCAAAGAAAAAAACAUUGAAGUUGAAAUUGUGCACAAUGCAUCAAUAAUGAAUGCUGUAGGUUGUUGUGGGUUGCAACUUUAUUCAUUUGGAGAAACUAUUUCGAUACCUUCAUGGACAGAAAAAUGGCAGCCAGACAGUUAUUAUGAGAGAAUCAUAUAUAAUUAUAACAGAGGUUUGCACACCUUAUGUUUGUUGGACAUCAGAGUUAAGGAACCAACAAUAGAAAGUUUAGUAUUAAAGAAAAAAGUUUAUAUGCCACCAAAGUUCAUGUCUGUAGCUGAGGCAGCAAGUCAACUUUUAAAAAUUAUUGAGCAGAAAAACAAAAUUAAAAAAGGCAGUGCAGUUAUCAGUGCAGAAAACUACGUUGUAGGCUUAGCAAGGGUAGGAUCUGAUAGUCAGAAGAUCACUGUUUGUACAUUGACAGAAAUGGAAAAAACUGAUCUUGGUCCACCUCUUCAUACCCUUAUUAUACCUGGAUUACCUUUGCACCCACUUGAAAUAGAAUAUGUGAAACAGUUUGCCACUGAUAUAACUAUGUUUCAGGAAAGAAUGGAAGGUCGUCGGAUACCUCGUAACAAAUGAAAAUAUUUUUUUACCCACAAAUAAUACUGCACAGUGUAAAUAAUUUCAUCUUAUGUUGAAAAACUACUACUUGAGCAAUCGAACAGGUGUGAUAUCUAUACGAUCAUAUACUGUAAUUAUUAAUAAAUAUUUUGCUACUUUCACAA